AUGGGAGCACGCUGGGAGGAAUGGGAGCACGCUCGGAGGAAUGGGAGCACGCUGGGAGGAAUGGGAGCACGCUCGGAGGGAUGGGAGCACGCUGGGAGGAAUGGGAGCACGCUGGGAGGAAUGGGAGCACGCUCGGAGGAAUGGGAGCACGCUGGGAGGGAUGGGAGCACGCUCGGAGGGAUGGGAGCACGCUGGGAGGAAUGGGAGCACGCUGGGAGGAAUGGGAGCACGCUGGGAGGAAUGGGAGCACGCUGGGAGGGAUGGGAGCACGCUGGGAGGGGUGGGAGCACGCUGGGAGGGGUGGGAGAACGCUGGGAGGAAUGGGAGCACACUGGGAGGAAUGGGAGCACACUCGGAGGAAUGGGAGCACGCUGGGAGAGAUGGGAGCACGCUGGGAGGAAUGGGAGCACGCUCGGAGGAAUGGGAGCACGGUGGGAGGAAUGGGAGCACGCUGGGAGGGAUGGGAGCACACUGGGAGGGAUGGGAGCACGCUGGGAGGAAUGGGAGCACGCUGGGAGGAAUGGGAGCGGGAUGGGAGCACGCUGGGAGGGAUGGGAGCGGGAUGGGAGGGAUGGGAGCGGGAUGGGAGCACGCUGGGAGGGAUGGGAGCGGGAUGGGAGCACGCUGGGAGGGAUGGGAGCGGGAUGGGAGGGAUGGGAGCGGGAUGGAGGGAUGGGAGCGGGAUGGGAGCGGGAUGGGAGGGAUGGGAGCGGGAUGGGAGCACGCUGGGAGGGGUGGGAGCACGCUGGGAGGGGUGGGAGCACGCUGGGAGGGAUGGGAGCACGCUGGAUGAGGUGGGAGCACGCUGGGAGGGGUGGGAGCACGCUGGGAGGGGUGGGAGCACGCUGGAUGAGGUGGGAGCACGCUGGGAGGGAUGGGAGCACGCUGGGAGGGGUGGGAGCAUGCUGGGAGGGGUGGGAGCACGCUGGGAGGGAUGGGAGCACGCUGGGAGGGGUGGGAGCACGCUGGGAGGGGUGGGAGCACGCUGGGAGGGGUGGGAGCACACUGGAUGAGGUGGGAGCACGCUGGGAGGGAUGGGAGCACGCUGGGAGGGAUGGGAGCGGGAUGGGAGCACGCUGGGAGGGAUGGGAGCACGCUGGGAGGGAUGGGAGCACGCUGGGAGGGAUGGGAGCACGCUGGGAGGGAUGGGAGCACGCUGGGAGGGGUGGGAGCACGCUGGAUGAGGUGGGAGCACGCUGGGAGGGAUGGGAGCACGCUGGGAGGGAUGGGAGCGGGAUGGGAGCACGCUGGGAGGGAUGGGAGCACGCUGGGAGGGAUGGGAGCACGCUGGGAGGGAUGGGAGCGGGAUGGGAGCACGCUGGGAGGGAUGGGAGCACUGAAACA